CCGUAUAAACUACCUAAAGGUGUGUCAGCUGGCUAGUCAGGCUGGCUCAUAUUAAAAUUUGCGGCGCCAAUCCUAUUGUUUUUUUUUCGAGAAUUGUUAAAAUGUGUGGCCGAACUUGUUUAACUCUGGAACCACAAGAAAUUGUUAAAGCAUGCCGAUAUAAUAAAAUUCAGAGUAAAACUACAGAUACCAAGUGCAACACUAAAGAUGAAACUGAAAAAUGUGAAUAUCUGGAACCCGAAUGGCGAUCGGAAUUCAACUGUGGCCGUAAAUUUGAACCUUCUUAUAAUUUAGCUCCCACCGACAUUACUCCAGUCAUAGUGUCCAAGCAUCAUUUCUACGAUGAUGAAGUUGCUAAAAAUAUGGAAAAUUCUCGAGUAAUCGUCCCAAUGAUGUGGGGUAUGAUUCCUUUUUGGCAUAAAGGUGACUACCGGAAACAUGGCUUAACAACUAACAAUUGCCGCUUAGAACAUAUGCUGGAUUCCAAGUUGUACAGGGGUCCCUUUCGUCGUGGACAGCGUUGUGCAAUUGUCUGUGAAGGUUUCUAUGAAUGGCAGACAACAAAGUCGGCGAAACCUUCUGAGAGGGCGGCACACUUACUUUACAUGCCGCAAAAGGAGCAGAUCAAAAUAUAUGAUCGAGAUUCAUGGCAGCCAGAAGAUGUUAAUUUAUUGAAAAUGGCUGGACUAUUUGAUGUGUGGGAGGACGAGCAGGGCGACAAAAUUUAUAGUUAUAGCAUUAUAACUUUCGAAUCAUCCAAAAUUAUGUCCUGGCUACACCACAGAAUGCCUGCCAUACUUGAAACAGAUGAACAACUAAAUACAUGGCUUGAUUUUAAAAACGUUACUGACGACCAGGCCUUUGCUACAUUGCGACCCUGUACGCAACUCGAAUGGCAUCGUGUUUCUAAUUUGGUCAAUAAUUCGCGCAAUAAAUCGGAAAAAUGCAACAAACCUUUCGAAUUGAUAAAAGUGGAAAAACCAACAAUGAAUAAAAUGAUGUCACAAUGGCUAAAUGUACGCAAGCGGCGAGAAAACUCCCUUCCACUUGAAAGCGAAAACGAAGAGGGGGAAGAAAAAUGCUUCAUUGGAGGUAGCGGUGGAGGAACAACAACUAGUGAAAGCGAAUCUGAGCUAUAUGGAUCAAAAAGACCUCGUUAUCACAAACGAAAUAUUAAAAAAUCACCAAAAAAUGUGAACAAUUUCGAAGGCGAUCCUAAGAAUCCACGUUUGGACAAUAAUAAUUGAAACACAAAGUAAGUGAAUUAAAACUUAUAUACCUACGAAGUCUUCUGAAUUACUUAUUACUUCUGAACUACUAUUUGUGUUAUUUAAUGUUUUUGUUUGAUGUAAUGAUUUAAGGAGCAUUCCUAUUUACCUAGCGUCAGUUUAAAAUAAUAUAUUAA